AUGGCACCAAAAUACAAGACCAGCCAAACCGUCCGCUACAAGCCCGUAGGAGGCCCCGCCUCCAACCCAAGCGAGAGCACCGGCAAGAUAACCGACGUGCUGACUGAGCCCGUGCUGUCUCUAUGGUGCCUCAGCUGCCGCCUCCGUACUGACGGCCUCGAAAAGACCUCGAACGACAACACGGGGAAGAUGACUACGGUGUACGAGAAGAACAUCUUCAGUCCAGCGUAG